UCACGUGACGGGGUUAGUUCCGGGUUCAGUUAGCAGCUAAUAGUUAGCAUCGUUUGCUCGGAGGUUACCUGCGGAGCGGUACCGAAACCGGUCUGAGCUGAGACUCUGCUUCUCUGGGACAUUCCCUCCUCUAACCACACAGCCUCCACUGCUGCGCUCUCUUACCCGGUUCUGACCCGGUUCUCGCUCCCCUGUUCCGGUAAUUACGGUGGAAACAUGUCUGCGGUUCAGCGGAUGAAGGUGGCCAACGAGCGGCACAGCAAGACGAUCACACAGCGGGGACACGUCCAGAAAACAUCGAGGCCGGUAAUCGAGGAGAAGUCUCCGGUGGGCCCCUGGCUGCUAGCGCUGUUCGUCUUUGUGGUUUGUGGAUCAGCCAUCUUCCAGAUCAUCCAGAGCAUCCGACAGGGCAUGUGAUGACCUCUGACCCCAGAGCCGAGCCUGCCUUCAUCACCCCACCCAGCGUGCACACACACACACACACACACAGGUCUUUCUGACUUUGUGGGGACUCAUUAAAUUCUUGGUUGUCCCCAUGAACUUUAACCUGAGCUCUGAAACAGGUCCGGACCUGUAAACAUAUCUGCAGGUCUGUCCUGCUGAAGAGUCCUGAACCUCCAGACUGAAGAGCUGUCCUCAGUGUAAGGACAUGUCCUCGUAGUGGAGACAUGUCCUUACACUGCAGAUGUGUGCAGAAUGUCCUCAUGUUGUUGUUGAAGAUCUCUGGUUCCCACAGAGACAGAAAGACCAGAACACAUUUGUUCCUGUGGAGUUAAACUCUUUCUCCUCCUCUUGUAACUACACAACCUUGUUUUUUAUUAUUAUUAUUUUCUGCACUGUUAUUGAAGCUGAUCAGUUAGUGGAGUUACUGGUGUCAGAUGAAGUCUUAAACUGUUUUCCUUCCAGUCGUCCUGCUGCUGAUGUAAAGGGAAGUUCUGCUGUUGGUCGGUUCUGAUCAUAGAUCCUGGAAAGCUUUGUUUGGUCCCUCAGAGUCGCUGUUUGUGAGAAUUAUUUAAAGAUAUUUAUGAGGAGUCUGCUGUAACAAGCCAUAAUGGUCUCAUCAUCCUGAUCUUGUUUACCAGUCUCCACUAAGCUGUGAAAGGUAACACAUCCUGUGGAUUUCACAAUAAAAGCACACCGUGCUCAGUGUGUUUCCAGCCUGCUGCUGUUAUAAUGUGAACCUGAUUCAAACCUUACAGAAGCUGUUAAAUUGUGUUUAAAUGAAACAUCUGCAGCUCAGAUGGGAUUUCUGUCUACUGAUAUAAAACAGCAGCAUCCUCCUUCAGAAAAUGUCUCCAUCUCUGUUCUUCAGGACAUCAGACUGAUGACUUUUACUGUAAAAUACUGAAACUAAUGAGAACAGCUGAAGAACCAUCCUUGCUGCCCCCUGCUGGACUGUUUUCUCCACUUUUAUACUAAAUAAAACUUGUGAUAUUUUUCUCUA